AUAAUCACAGAUAUUUUUAAUUUAUUAACUGGUCGCUUCCUCUAUCGGGUUUCUCACCUUGAAGGGGAAGCAAACAAAACUUUUUCUCUCUCUCAUUUUUCUUCUGCAUCAACUUGCUCUCUCUGACACAAACUCUAUUGAUUUGCAACUUGCAAGCAACAAAAACAUUUGCUUUGCGGUUCUUGAGCAUUCCGAGGAGAGGACUCAUCUAUCCUUAAAUUGUGACGUUCCUCACUCUUCUCUCUUCGCAGGGUAGGAACGAGUAAUGAGUUCCAGAGAGAACGAAUUGUCGCUCGCAGAAGAGGCUCUUCUUCAGGAUGAAGACAGCAAACAAUACACUGGAGAUGGAUCAGUUGACUUUAAAGGGAGGCCUGUUCUUAAGCAGAAUACUGGCAACUGGAAAGCUUGCCCGUUUAUCUUAGGCAAUGAGUGUUGUGAGCGUUUGGCGUAUUAUGGCAUUGCAACAAAUCUUGUUACCUAUCUUACCCAGAAACUGCAUGAAGGAAAUGCCUCUGCUGCAAGAAAUGUCACUACCUGGCAAGGCACUUGCUAUCUUGCACCUCUCAUUGGAGCCGUUUUGGCAGAUGCAUACUGGGGACGAUACUGGACAAUUGCUGUUUUCUCCACAAUUUAUUUCCUAGGGAUGGGUACAUUGACUCUCUCUGCAUCGGUUCCAGCAUUGAAGCCUACAGAGUGUUUGGGUACUGUAUGCCCUCCUGCUACACCUGCCCAAUAUGCUGUGUUCUUCUUUGGUCUCUACCUAAUUGCACUUGGGACUGGUGGAAUAAAACCAUGUGUGUCAUCUUUUGGGGCAGAUCAGUUUGAUGAUACUGAUCCCCAGGAAAGGAUUAAGAAGGGUUCCUUUUUCAACUGGUUUUACUUUUCUAUCAACAUAGGUGCCCUUGUAUCCAGCACUUUUAUUGUGUGGAUUCAAGAAAAUGCUGGCUGGGGUCUUGGAUUUGGCAUUCCUGCUUUAUUUAUGGCAUUAGCUAUUGGAAGCUUCUUUAUAGGCACACCCCUUUACAGGUUUCAAAAGCCAGGGGGGAGCCCUAUUACAAGAAUGUGCCAGGUUGUGGUAGCAUCUGUCCGGAAGCGGAACGUGGUUGUCCCUGAGGAUAGUAGUCUCUUAUAUGAGACACCAGAUAAGAGCUCUGCAAUUGAAGGAAGUCGAAAACUAGAGCAUAGUGAUGAACUAACGUGUCUUGAUAGAGCAGCUGUAGUGUCCGAUGCUGAGAGCAAAAGUGGUGACUAUUCUAACCAAUGGAGACUUUGCACUGUGACACAGGUGGAGGAAUUGAAAAUCUUGAUUCGCAUGUUUCCAAUUUGGGCUACUGGGAUUGUUUUUGCUGCUGUUUAUGCCCAGAUGUCAACAUUGUUUGUGGAACAAGGAACAAUGAUGAACACAGAUGUGGGUUCCUUCAAGAUUCCUCCAGCUUCCCUCUCAAGUUUUGAUGUGAUAAGUGUUAUUUUCUGGGUCCCCGUCUAUGACAGGAUUAUUGUUCCCUUAGCAAGGAAAUUUACGGGCAAGGAGAGAGGUUUUUCAGAGUUGCAAAGAAUGGGAAUUGGUCUUUUUCUUUCAGUGUUUUGCAUGUCAGCAGCUGCUACAGUUGAGAUCGUGCGUCUGCAGCUAGCAAAAGAGCAUGACCUUGUUGAUGAACCUGUUCCUGUACCCCUUAAUAUAUUUUGGCAAGUCCCUCAGUAUUUCUUAUUAGGGGCAGCAGAAAUAUUCACAUUUAUUGGGCAGCUUGAAUUCUUCUAUGACCAAUCUCCAGAUGCUAUGAGGAGUUUAUGUAGUGCUUUGUCACUUCUGACUACUUCACUGGGGAAUUACUUGAGCUCAUUUAUUCUUACUUUAGUAACUUACUUCACUACACAAGGUGGAAAUCCUGGAUGGAUUCCAGAUAACUUGAACGAAGGUCAUCUUGAUUACUUCUUCUGGCUUUUAGCCGGACUUAGCUUCUUGAAUAUGUUGGUGUACAUAGUUGCUGCCAAAAGGUACAAGCAGAAGAAGGCUGCUUAAGAUUUUCCCGGCAUUUAUUAGGACACUGGGAGGACUUUCUGCUAUUUCCUUAUGCCAUUGUUGUGAAUUGUGAUUGUUCUGUAUGUGGAAUAAAGAUGUUCUGCAUUUGUGUACGUUUCUUUCACUUACAAAGGAAAAUCUGUGUAAUGAAUUGUUCAAAACAACCUUGUCUCUGCCCUCUCAUGAAGUCUGAAAAUGAUGAGAUUGCUUGCUACGCAUUUAGGCUUAAAUAUGAGCAGUUAAUGUUCACUUUCUAUACAUUACAACAUUUACAUUUGUAACAUUUGAUAUAGAAAGGUUGAUACAAUGAUACUCCCAUACUCCUUUUAUGUGCUUCAUCGUUUCAGAUUGUAGUGUUUGGUUAAUUAGUGGGAGAAUGAACUACGGGGAUAAAAUAGCA